GUCACUGGCUUGGGCUAUGCCUGCGCCUUCGCUCAUGUCCGCGUUGGCUUUCCGACUGCUGCAGUCUGCGCAGAGAUGCUCCCUCCGCCCUCGCUCCUUCCACCUCGCGGCAGUUCGAAAUGAAGCCGUGGUCAUUUCUGGAAGGAAACUGGCCCAGCAGAUCAAGCAUGAAGUACGGCAGGAGGUGGAAGAGUGGGUGGCCUCAGGCAAUAAACGGCCACACCUGAGUGUGAUCCUGGUUGGCGAGAAUCCUGCAAGUCACUCCUAUGUCCUCAACAAAACCAGGGCAGCUGCAGAUGUGGGAAUCAACAGUGAGACAAUUGUGAAACCGGCUUCAAUUUCAGAGGAAGAAUUGUUGAAUUUAAUCAAUAAACUGAAUAAUGAUGAUAAUGUAGAUGGCCUCCUUGUUCAGUUGCCUCUUCCAGAGCAUAUUGAUGAGAGAAAGAUCUGCAAUGCUGUUUCUCCAGACAAGGAUGUGGAUGGCUUUCAUGUAAUCAAUGUAGGGCGAAUGUGUUUGGACCAGUAUUCCAUGUUACCGGCUACCCCAUGGGGUGUGUGGGAAAUAAUUAAGCGAACUGGCAUUCCAACCCUAGGGAAGAAUGUGGUUGUGGCUGGAAGGUCAAAAAAUGUUGGAAUGCCCAUUGCAAUGUUACUGCACACAGAUGGGGCACAUGAACGUCCUGGAGGUGAUGCCACUGUUACAAUAUCUCAUCGAUACACUCCCAAAGAGCAGUUGAAGAAACAUACAAUUCUUGCAGAUAUUGUAAUAUCUGCUGCAGGCAUUCCAAAUCUGAUCACAGCAGACAUGAUCAAGGAAGGAGCAGCAGUUAUUGAUGUGGGAAUAAAUAGAGUUCAUGAUCCCGUAACUGCCAAACCCAAGUUGGUUGGAGAUGUGGAUUUUGAAGGAGUCAGACAGAAAGCCGGUUAUAUCACUCCAGUUCCUGGAGGUGUUGGCCCCAUGACAGUGGCAAUGCUAAUGAAGAAUACCAUUAUUGCCGCAAAAAAGGUGCUGAGGCUUGAAGAGCGGGAAGUGCUGAAGCUUAAAGAGCUUGGAGUAGCCAGUAAUUAACUAUUGUGUCUUCUGUGUCAUGAACAACACUCCAAGCCAGCUCAAGAAGCAAAGCAGGCCAAUAGAAAUGCAAUAUUUUUAAUUUAUUCUACUGAAAUUGUUUAAAAGGAUGCUUUGUAUUUAUUAAAAGCUUAAAUGGGUGGAUGUUUGUGCACGCACCUGUAGUACCUCGCCAGGGAGCAUUCCAGUAUUCUGCAGGGUCAUGUGAUCUAGCCAAGUGCAGCCAUUAACCUAGUGAUGAACAUGGGAGACACUGUCAUAUGAAGAAUGGACGCUUAACUUUGUCAAGCCCUCAGUUAAACAUUUGCCUUUUCUAGGAUUGCAUUUCCCAAGUGCUAUUCCAAUAAGAGUUGAUACUCAUUUUAGGUACCAAACCUUUUGAGUUCAGCUGAUCAAACCAAAGGAAAAGUGUUGCUAGAGGAAAUUAGGGGAAAGGUGCAAAAGAAAAAAAUGGUAGUAAUUGAGUAGAAAGAAAUUAAUUUAUAUAUGUAUUGAUUGGUAACCAGAUUUAUCUAACUAGAACUGAAUUUGCUAGGAAAAAAAAACUACAUGUUGUUUUCCUAAGCUGUCUUUUUAAGGCUUAGUCAGUCAUUGGGAAAAUGUUUAGGAUUGUUUCUUGCUGUUAGUCCUCAUUUUAUGUUUGUUACCCUUCAGUAAGUUCUCCCAAUUUUAGUUUUCUAGGAUUGAAAGGCUUCUUUUAUACAUUAUUCAUGUGUAUUGUCAUAUUUGUUUUUUGCUAUAUACUUUAACUUCAUUGUUAAAUUUUUGAAUUGUAUAGUUUCUUUGCUAUAUUUUAAAAUCUAUUUUUGAAAAACAAACUUGGCUUGAUAAUCAUUUGGGCAGCUUAGGUAAGUUUGCAACUUACUUUUCCACCAAAGAACUGUCAGCAGCUGCCUGCUUUUCUGUGAUCCACCCUGUUGACUUUUCCAGAAAAUUUUUAAGAAUUUCAGUUAAUACUGAAUUUAAUCAGACUUUUUGAUUAAAGAUUUUCUCUUUUUUAAUAAAAUACAUCUGUCUGGUGUGGUAUCAAUUUC